AAUUUUAAUUUCGUUUUACUCUCAUUCUCUAGUGCUUUCUUCUUUCUUCUCUACUAAUCUCCCCUGCGUUUUUCCGGAAGUUCACCAUCGCUUCCCUGUUCCCGCUAGGUAGCUUUCUAGGUGGACUUCAAUUUGUGACUUGCUCCGUAAUAACAGUUAUUACGGUUUGAUUUAGGUGAAAAUCGUUUGAAUCUCCUAAUAACAAUUACCGAACCAACGUCUGAGGAGAAGAUGAGUGCGGAACCUUCCAUUGAACCUGAACAGGGAACUCAGAGUCCCAACCUGGAGGACUGCUUGAAACUGCUGAAAGGAGAGCGAGACGAACAGCGUCUUGCUGGCCUACUUCUCGUCACCAAGUUCUGCAAAGCUGAGGAUCACUCCUCUCUUCGGAGAGUGUAUGAUGCGGUUGGCCCUCGCUUUCUGUAUCGCCUUCUUAGAACUGGUAUGGGAAGUGGCUUCAAUGAGAAUCGCGAUGCAUAUUUAAGCCUAUCUAUCACUGUUCUUGCUGCAUUUUGUCGCGUUCCAGAUAUAGCUUCUUCGGAGGACAUGGUUUUGAAUAUUUCACUUGUGUUAGAAGUAAUAUCCACCCAGUCUGGCUCGUCUGUUCUUCAAGAAUGCUAUGAGUUUUUGUACUUGGUGUCAGCUGCUUCUGGAAAUGGAAUCACGAGAUUUUGUGAAUCUGAAGGCAUCAAGAUAUUAGCUUCUCAAAUGAGUGCUUUGCAAGACGGUUCACAUUUGAUGGAAUUAUCUUUCAAACUUCUGCAAUUGAUUCUGGGUAGGAUGUCCUUUGAAAUAUUCCAGAAUAAUGACUUAUCUGACAUUUCAGUUAUUGUGGCAGCAAUAGCAAGGCAAUUUGCUGUCUUGCACAAUUCCUUGAAAUUUGAAGCUCUCCACUUGCUGAAUGCCAUUCUUACCUCAAAAGAUUCUACACAACUUCGUAAUGCCCUGCGAUUACAUCCUCAAGAUAGCUGGUCAACCAAUAUCCACACUGGUAUAAUAGCUGUUCUGCAGAACCGUGUUGCUCCUGCUGAAAGGUUGCAGGCUCUCAUUUUAGCCGAGUCUAUGGUUUCCAUGCAUGGAGAGGAUUGGUUGGUUAGCCAAGUAAACACAAAUGAUGCACGAGAUCCAGCUUCAGCUAACAUGUGCCUUUUGCUUGUCUUGGAGCAGUCAAGGGUCGAAAUUGCUGUUCUACUGAAUGAGCUGGCAUAUUUGAAAUAUGAAGCGCCUCAGGAUACUUCAGCUACUGCUGAAGCAAUUUUUACGAAGCAACAUAAUGUGGCUGUUGCUUACUCUUUGGUUGAGAAGAUAAUAAAAUUAAUAUCAAAUGUUGAGGAAAAUGAUGGAAACCUCCUAGAUGAAGGCACACUAACAAAGCUGAUUCUCCAGCUUAACGAGACAAUUGCUGUUGUACUAGAGUAUUUGGAAGAUGCAAAGGAACAUGGGCAAAAGAAAGGGGAUGAUUUACUUGCUUCAGUGCGAAUUAUUGGGAGCUAUCUUGCAGAAGCACCCCUAGCAUGCAAGGAGAAGGUUCAAGAUCUUUUAGGGUAUAUGCUUUCCAUUGAAGGUGAAGAUGAACAAAGGCCCUUCUACUCUGUUUGCUUUCUUCUACCUAUGCUGUCUCAAAUUACUAUGAAGAUUGAAGGAUGCAAAGCUUUGGCUUCAUGCAAAGGACUUGAGGCUGUUUUAGAUUGCUUCAAUAAGUUAGUUGGGUCAAAUGCUUUUCUUGAGGACAAUGGUUGCAUUUUUUUGGCGUGUGAUACAAUAGUGAACCUACUAUUGAAGAAAGACAAAAUGCAUAUGAUGUUGGAUGAGUCUGCUAUUGUUCGUCUUCUUAAAGCAUUAGCUUAUUGCUCAGAUAACACUGAUGAAAUGUCUAGUAUGAUGAUGGCUGCAAGCAUCUGUGCACUGGUUUUUGAGUAUACAUCAGAAGAGGCUCUUUUGAAUCGACCUGAUUUCAACUAUAGCACUCUUCGCACUCUUUAUCUGCUCAUUGCAAGAUGUCUGACUUCAUCAGAACAGGGUACUAAAGAGGAUAUGGAUCUUUCAGAAAUUGUCUCAUCUGGCUUCUCUCGAUGGGCUCAUCGAUACCCCCGUAUCAGAGAGGCUGUCAAGACGUGAUUUUGAUCCUCUUAUCUGGAAGGUAUUCAUUGUUAAAGUGAAGUGAUGUGCCAAUACAUGCAAUUGGAAGAAGGGCUAAUUGAUUUGUCAUAAAUAUUAACAGAUUUAUUUAUUAGAGAUAAAAGGUAAUAUGUUAGACUUUUUCUAAUUUAUUUUUCAUAAAUAGUUAAGUGCAUGAAAAUCCAAAGUGUUUAUCUUUUUUCUUAUAGCGGUAUAUCUCUUUUGCUUGUGUUACACCAUGAUGAUCGGCUGAGUUUUUUUUCAUAGAGAAAUAUUCUCAUAUUAAUUUUUUAAAAAUAAAGGAGAAAGAGAAAAGUAAACUGAAACGAAUGUUUUUCUCAAAACAGGGUCAGUGAGGGGUGCAUGAUUGGUUAUACUCGUAAAAAUUUGUAUUUAUUCUGUACUUUAUUUGUAUUUUAGUUUUAUUGUAAAUAUUAUAUUAUAAAGAUUAAAUGUUAAAAGGAAAUAGGUUUUCAAUAACUAAUAUAGAAAUAAUAUAACUGUUAAUUAGUUAUAUAUAAUUAAAAUUCCAUAAUACUUACCAUGUAUACCAUAAAAACUUGAUUUGAUGAUGCGCGAUUUCAGGUGGAAAAAAAACUGUUAAAUAAAGAUUGUGAUAAAAAAUAAAAAAUAAAUUGAGAUUAUUUAGUUAUGUUUCAAUAAUUUUAAAAUAAAAAAAUAUAUAAAAUGUAAUAAUAUAUAUUACUUAUGUUCGUACCCAAUUUUUUAAAAAUUUACUAUUAUAUAGACCAUAUGUCGGUAUAAUUGAUAUUCUAUAAUAAAAUGGAUUAGGACAAGAUCAGUGUCGGUGGAUUUUUAAUCACAAAGCACUUUUUAUAAUUAUAUAGUUAAAGAGAAAGUAAUUUUUACUUCUACCUUAAUGAAAACUAGUAACAUACAAUCCAUCAAACCGAUUUCUAGCUGAACCAAAAUGCUGUGUACUUAACAAAACUAUGAUUUUAUUCAGAGUGAUUUAUUUAUAAAAUAACUUAAUAAAAGUUAAUGAUAUGCACAUACUGAGAAAAGGCUGAGAUGAAACUGUGCUACUGAUUCUGCUUAUGUACACAAGACUUCAUCAUUCUAUAGUGCAAAACAGUAAUAAAACAGAGUACUCUGCUGUUGGGAGAAUUACUCAUUGUGAUGCCAUGAGAGAACAACAUCUUGAAGGCCAAGUUUCCAAUCAUCCCAAUGAAGUUGGUCAAACUCCAUAGCACCAUCUACAACUUUAAUAGCAACAAGGAGCAAGUCAGACACAAUCUCAAACACCUCAACUGCCAAACCCACUUUCCCCUUUCCUAGCCCAAUUACACCGUUCUUUCCAACCUCAAUCCUAAACCCUAACCUCUCCCCAACCUCCUUCACCUUCGCCUCCACCGUUCCCACGCUCUUCUCCGAACUGAACCUCUUCUCCCUCCGCCUCCCCUUCUCCGACGUCGUUUCGAACAGCCCUCGCAAGUCCAACCCCGACGACAUUGAUAUUAUGUCAAAAGCGUUCAUCCCCAAUUUGUAACCGUCGCAGCACUUGUUAUAUAAAUCAGACUCCACAACACUCUCCUCCAACACAUUAUAGCAAACAUGCUUCUUAUCCCUUAACCAUCUGUUAUCGAAAACUCUGUCAAGCGAAAUUCGCGAUUUAGGAUUGGGGUCCAGCAAUUGGUGGAUGAGGCUGCGCGCGGAUUUUGAGAUCCACGCCGGGAAUUGAUAGUCGCGGCGGGAUAUUCGGCGGCACAUGGCAGGAAUGUUCGAAUCGUCAAAGGGGAGCUGGCCGGCGAGAAGGUUGUAGAGAAUGACACCGCAGGACCAAGCGUCGGCCUUGGAACCGUCGUAGCCGACGCGGCGUAGGACCUCCGGCGCAGUGAAGGCCGGCGUGCCACAUGCGGUGUGGAGGAGGUUAUCACGGAGGUGUUCCGGGAGUGCGGAGAGGCCGAAGUCAGAGACCUUAAGGUCGCCGGCGGCGUCGAGGAGGAGGUUCUGCGGCUUGAGGUCGCGGUGCGCGAUGCCGUGGCGGUGGCAGAAGAGGAGCGCAGAGACGAGUUGGGAGAAAUAGCGCCGCGCCCGAGACUCCGGGAGGCGGCCACACCGGGAGAUCUUGGAGAAGAGCUCGCCGCCGCCGGCGUAGUCGACGACGAGGUAAAUUUUGGUCUUCGUGGCGAGAACCUCGUGGAUUUUGAGGAUGUUUGGGUGGUUCUGGAGACGGCGCAUAGCGUCGAUCUCGCGCACAAUGCGGGGUUCCAUGGCGGCGUCGACCGUCUUGGACUUGUCGAUGACCUUGACGGCCACCGUGGCGCCGUCGACGAGUGAGCGCGCCUGGUAGACCUUGGCGAAGUUGCCGCGGCCAAGGAAUCGCGUGAGCUGGUACCUACCGAGGAUGGUGCGUGGUGGCGGCGACGCUUCCAUCUUGUGGAAAUGAAUCACCACGCCAACC